CGACGCGCGCUGGCCAGCUAACGAUCCACGGUGUCCAUCGUAAACGCGGUCGACGAUGCAGGAAUCGUGCAAUCCUCUUUAUAAAGGAUUUUUAUUUGAUUUUAUGCAGUAAAUAAAAAAUUGUACUAUGCACUUAUGGCGUGAGUAAAAAUAGCGGUAUCUAUGCCAAUGUUUUUAUGUUCAUGAAUAAUUCGUUUAAAUAUUCAAGUAAUGUUUAUUUAGAAUAUGUAAGGAAAUUUUAUACUUCAUGAUGUUAUUAUCCUUUUCGCAUGUUCCAAGCAGAUGAAUAAUGAUCGUUCGGUAGUACAGAGAAAAUCUACCGCUGUACACUAUCCACUAUUUUUUCUUAGCGUUGCUUUCACCCUAACGAAAGUUACUGAAACGCAUAAAAGUUUUACGCGAUAUAAAUACGGCUUAGAGAAAAUUUCUUGUACACGGGAGUAUACCGAUGAAUAUUUUAAAUACCGUACUGACGUAGCGUGCGCGAGUGCGGCUUUCCUCUUCUCCCUCGUGCACCCGACGCUGCCAGCGAACUGAUAAUUCAUUAAUUUAUGAUAAGCUAGCCUACGCGACCCGCAUCCUCCCCUUCUCACCCCAUAAAUCAUUUUCGCCGCUGACAUUAAUUGCGCAUCGUCCCUCGUUACCCGGAGAAAUGAGAUUUUUUUAAUUGGCAAAUUUUUCAUCGCCGCCCGACACUGUGACACCCUCUCCUAGGCUCUCCCGCUCGAAUGUGUUAUGCGAUUUCUACUUACGAAGAUACGUUUUCUUGUACGAUUUAUGUAACAAAAUUAUUUCCGGACUAAAUAGACAAAAUAUAUUGCGAUCUUUUUUCUGGCUUCUAAUAGUAAUAAUGCUAAUGUGAUAGUUUUCAUGUGUUGUUAAAUUUAUUCGUACCUACAAAAGCGAAAAAUUGUGUUAUGUAUGUUAAUUAAUCUAGAAUGAAUAUUGAUGACGCGUUGUUACGCAAAAGAAGUUACUAUAUAUAUCGCCGAGACACGCAUAGUAAACUUUUAGUAGAUACUCAUAGAGCGUUAACGCGUUGUGGUCACAAGAAAAUUGAAAAGAUAUAACCAUGAGUUUAUUAAGGCUGUACCAUUAUUUGAACACGGAAGUAGCUGAUCCGAGAACGAAUCACUGGGCAAUAGUGAGCUCUCCUGUUCCAAUCACUAUCGUUUCAAUUGUGUAUUUGUACGUCGUUCUAAAAUGGGGGCCAAAUUAUAUGAAAGACAAACCCGCAUACAAUUUUCGCACGUUCAUCAUGUUUUACAAUAUCUUUCAAAUCGCGAUAAACACGUGGGCAGUGUAUAGCUUAGUGGAAGCAGGAUGGUUCCGAGAUCAUGUUUUCACGUGCAAGCCAGCUGACUACUCGGUCAAUCCUCAAAACACUAAGUUCAGUAACAUAACAUGGUACAUACUUUGUUUAAAACUGAUCGAUUACGUCGAGACGAUCUUGUUCGUGUUUAGAAAGAAACAACGACAAGUUACGUUCUUGCACUUGUACCAUCAUAUAUCGACAGCCUAUUUCUUUUGGAUAUUUCUUAAAUAUUACUGCUCCGCAAUACCUAUAAUAGUCUUGGGCGUGAAUUGUGCGGUACAUGUAAUAAUGUACACGUACUAUCUACUUGCGUCAUUUCAAUCGACGCAAAGAAUAUCGAAUUUCAUCAAACCGUCGAUUACCAUCAUACAAAUGGUGCAGUUUUGGUUCUUAAUUAUCCAUUUGUCGAUGGCUUACAGUCCCUCAUGUCCCGGAGCUGAAGUUAUGUCCACGAUGGCAAUAGUCGAUCUACUGAUUAAUUUCAUUCUAUUUUGGAACUUUUAUAAGAAAAAUUAUCCGAAGAAGAAAAAAGUUAAUUAAACAUACGACUAAUUAAUAUGCCUUAGAUUUGGUAAAAUAUUUUUACAUAUGAUAUCUUCCGAAAACGAUUUAUAAAAUCGGGGAGAACACAGAUCUCCCAGCAGCGAAUGUGCGUAUUCUCUUUAGAUUCCGAAGUGAUUUGCGAGAAGCGAAAGACGGACGGUGCCGCGUUCAGUUGUAUGAGUUCUAACUUGCCCACGAUAUGUUUGGACUGGAGCUGUCACAUGUGGUGUACGUGUCCCUUUUACAAAAUCCUAGUACACGCUACCGCUUCGAAUCCCUAAUCUUCCCAGCUAUUCAAAAGCAUCAGGUACUUAAGGAACCGGUCAUUAAUCCUUUUCCUUUACUCCACGCGGUUCAAGAGGAACGUGUCUGUCUGAACUCUUCAUUCUGGCUUGUCACUGCGUAAUAAUAUUCUUCUCCAGUGUUGGACAAAUCAAUCGAUUUAUAAGUAUAAUGUGUAAUGUAUUUAAUGAAAAAAUAUAUAUUUAGUAAAGAUAUGCAUAACUCAUAAGAGAUUAACAAUGAAAACGCAUACGUAGUAUAUACGCAGUAUAUAAGGAUGUACAUAAUUCAUAAGAGAUAAACAAUGAAAAAGCAUGUCUGUGUCAAUAGUAAAGUAAGAAAAAUACACGAAUAAUGUAAAUGGAUCGAAUACCAUAGACUAUAGACGGUUACAUUAGCAUUCAUUACAUUAAAUUAGCAUUUUUUUCGACAUGUCUUAGAAGAUAUCGGUGAAACUUAGUACGAGUAAUUAAAGAUGAUUAAUACA